AUGUUGACCUUCUGCCUGCUGAGCGCCGUGUGGCUCAUGACGAGCCCGACCUGCGCUCAGAAUGAGACGGAGCCCAUCGUCCUCGAAGGGAAGUGCCUGGUGGUCUGCGACUCCAACCCGACGUCAGACCCCACGGGUACGGCGCUCGGCAUUUCGGUGCGCUCCGGCAGCGCCAAAGUGGCGUUCUCCGCCGUCAGGAACACCAACCACGAACCCUCCGAGAUGAGCAACAGGACUAUGGUUAUUUACUUUGAUCAGAUUCUAGUCAAUGUCGGGAGGAAUUUUGACGAAGAACGGAGUAAUUUCAUCGCGCCACGCAAAGGGAUUUACAGUUUCAACUUCCACGUUGUUAAAGUCUACAACCGCCAAACCAUACAAGUGAGCCUAAUGCACAAUGGCUGGCCAGUGAUUUCAGCGUUUGCUGGCGACCAGGAUGUGACACGUGAGGCAGCCAGUAAUGGUGUCCUGAUCCAGAUGGAGAAGGGAGACCGAGCCUACCUCAAACUGGAGCGAGGCAACUUGAUGGGGGGCUGGAAAUACUCUACCUUUUCUGGCUUCCUGGUGUUCCCCAUGUAG